AUGGCAGCUUCAACAACCACCUCCGGCAAUCGGGAGCUCCCUGCGUCUAAGUAUGACCUAAGCACAUACUGGGGUCGUGUCAGGCAGUCUGCAGAGCUAUGCGAUCCAAGGACCCUGUUUGUCUCUGCAGACGGGCUGGAGAAUGCAAAGAAACUCAUCGAGUCGUAUAAGGGCGGCCAGCUACUGUCCAUGACGCCGGAGUUAUGGCAUGCGAAGAAAGUGGUCGACUCUACUCUACACCCUGACACUGGCGAACCCGUCUUCUUCCCCUUUCGCAUGUCAUGUUUCGUCCUCUCCAAUUUGGUUGUCACGGCAGGCAUGCUCACACCAGGCUUGGGUACGACCGGGACACUUCUCUGGCAAAUAACCAAUCAGUCGCUCAACGUUGCGAUCAACAAUGCCAACGCCAACAAAUCUACCCCCCUUUCCACUUCGGCUAUGGUUAAAUCUUACCUCCUUGCUGUCUCGGCGUCAUGCUCCGUUGCUCUGGGACUGAAUGCUGUGGUUCCGCGGCUCAGAAUGGCGGCCAACACGAAGCUGAUACUCGGUCGGCUUGUCCCAUUUGCCGCCGUGGCCACUGCCGGUGCGCUGAAUGUCUUUUUGAUGCGCGGCGAGGAGAUCAGACAGGGCAUCGACGUCUAUCCCGCCGAGCCCAAAGAACAAAAGGACAAAGGUGAGCGGGAAGUGGGUGAGGCGCAGAGCCUUGGGAAGAGUAAGAAGGCAGCCACUCUGGCAGUGAGCGAGACGGCCAUCAGCCGGGUGCUGAACUCGACUCCCAUCAUGGUCCUGCCGCCGUUAAUACUGGUCCGUCUGCAGCAGAUGCGGUGGUUGAAGGCACGACCACGGCUUGUUCUGCCCGUCAACCUGGGUCUGAUUCUGACAACGUCCAUCUUCGCCUUACCUCUCGCGCUGGGUGCCUUUCCACAGCGUCAGGCCGUGCAGGCGUCCUCUCUCGAGGAGGAAUUCUGGGACCGUGGCGGAAGCACCGGGCUCGUUGAAUUCAACCGUGGAAUCUAG